GCCCGUGACAGCCGCGGCGAGUCCACGCCACGGGCGGCCGGAUGGGCGCGGAAGAAGGCGGCAGCGCGGGAAGCCCGCGGCCGGCUCCCGCUGCCGGAAUCCCCUGACCUGCCACCCCACCCCACCCCCGCCGCGACCCCUCCCCCUCCCGCCCGUCUCGGGCCCCCUCCCCCUCCAAGGCUGCCAGAGAGGGAAAGAGGAAGGGAGAAAGCCCAUUGCGCCGCAGCCUUAGCGAGAGACGGCCCGCAGUUACACACCCAGAAGGAGGCCGUCCAUGUCAAAGAGCAGGAAGAUGAAGAUGCUUUUACUUCUGAUGUUGUUCUAUGGCAGUGUCAACAGUGAUGCAGUUUCAAAGCCCAACAUUAUUAUAGCAAUGGCAGAUGACCUUGGCAUUGGAGAUCCUGGAUGCUAUGGAAACACAACACUAAGAACUCCUAAUAUUGACAGGAUAGCCAAAGGGGGAGUGAAAUUCACUCAGCACUUAGCUGCAUCUCCACUGUGUACCCCAAGCAGAGCAGCUUUCCUGACAGGCCGUUACCCUGUCCGAUCAGGGAUGGCUUCACGCUCUAAGGUUGGAGUGUUCCUAUUUUCUGCUUCUUCAGGUGGACUUCCUGCAAAUGAAAUCACUUUUGCCAAGCUUUUGAAGAACCAAGGCUAUUCUACAGCCCUGAUAGGAAAGUGGCACCUUGGGAUAAAUUGUAACAGCAGAGAUGACUUCUGUCACCACCCUUUAAAUCAUGGUUUUGAUCACUUCUAUGGACUUCCAGUGACCAAUUUGAGAGAUUGCAAGCCAGGAUCAGGCACUGUGUUUACCACAGCCAUUCAUAUGUUCGUUUUCAUUCCCCUGCAAAUUGUUGGCAUUGCCCUUGUCACUUUGGAGGCACUCAAUUGCCUUGGCCUGUUUCGGCUCCCUCACUGGGUGUUCUUUUCCUGUCUUUUAUUAGCAGCCACUAUAAUUGGACUUUUAGCCUGUUUCCUUCAUUUUUUCCGGCCUUUAAACUGCAUCUUGAUGAGGAACCAUGAGGUUGUCCAGCAGCCAAUGUCUUACGAAAAUCUCACUCAGAGGUUGACCAGGGAAGCUCUCAAGUUCAUAAACAGGAAUACUGGGACACCCUUCCUUCUUUUCUUAUCCUACAUUCAUGUCCACACCGCACUUUUUUCUGCCAAGGAGUUUGUGGGCAAGAGCAAACAUGGCAUGUAUGGGGAUGCUGUGGAGGAAAUGGACUGGAGUAUUGGGCAGAUCUUAAAAGCUGUAGAUAAGAAGAAAUUGACAAAUAAGACACUCGUGUACUUUACCUCUGAUCAAGGAGCUCACAUUGAAGAAGUGACCGACAAAGGAGACAUCCAUGGAGGAAGUAAUGGAAUUUAUAAAGGUGGAAAAGCUAAUAACUGGGAAGGAGGUAUCCGGGUUCCAGGACUUCUUCGCUGGCCAGGAGUGCUACAGCCUGGCACAGUGAUCGAUGAGCCCACUAGUAACAUGGAUCUGUUCCCAACCAUUGUGAAACUCGCAGGAGCAACAUUACCUGAUGACAGAGUUAUUGAUGGACGUGAUCUGAUGCCCUUGCUUCAAGGAAAAAUCCUCCAAUCUGAGCAUGAGUUUCUCUUCCAUUACUGUAAUGCAUACUUAAAUGCAGUGCGUUGGCAUCCUAGAAACAGCACAUCUAUCUGGAAAGCUUUUUUCUUUACACCAAAGUUUAAACCAGAAGAUUCCAAUGGCUGUUUUCCAACCCAUGUGUGCUUUUGCAAUGGGCAUUACGUUACUCGUCAUAAUCCACCCCUACUCUUUGAUAUCUCCAAAGACCCAAAGGAGAGACAUCCAUUAACUUCAAAAACCGAAAAUCAUUUUCAUGAAAUUCUAAGAGUCAUGCAAGAAGCAGCAGACAACCAUACGAAGACACUCAUUGUGGUUCCCGAUCAGUUUUCUUGGGGGAACCUUCUUUGGAAACCCUGGCUUCAGAUGUGUUGUUCCUCUUCUUAUCUCUCCUGUCAUUGUGAUCGGGAAGCAAAAGGUAGGGGUAAAGGUGUCAGACUGUAACAAUGAGACAAGUAAAGACUCUUUCCUGGAUGAGUAAUCUUUAUUUGAAAAUUCAAAACUAUGAAUUCUGUUAACCCAAUUGUAGCUAACAAGGCCUGGCAGACACAAUCAUUGUUCUCCCCUGAAUACCCUUGGCAUGGCGUACUUUCUGUGACCUGAAGAAUUGACUGUAGGAUGCGUAAUAACUCAAAGAAAACUUUAGAGCUUGCUCUGUUGAGAAGGAAGAACAAUGGACUUAACUUGUAGGGCCAGUAUGGCUGAGUUGGUUGGUAGGAUGGACUGAGAAGUGUGGGAAUAAAGGAGGAAUCUGAGUAAGUGUACAUAACACUUGUGCUGAUAAUUGGGCUCUACAAAAUCUCCAAAGAGAAUCCUCCUUUGUUCUUGAACUUCUUGUUAAACCACCUAUUCCAUGACUUGGAGCUGGACAGAAAGCCUGGCAAUGACCACCCAUGAUUGACAGAUUUUGGCAUUAAGGAAGAAAAUGUGAAUCAAGAAAGAAAUUGCUCAUAAAACAGUGUGUGUGUGUGUGUGUGUGUGUGUUUUUUUUUUUUAAAAAAACCACUUAUAACUUGUAUAAAGAAUACCACUUGUACCAGUGGUAAAUAAUCUUUCACUUCAUGGUUGAAAAUUACUGUUGUUCAUGAUAAGCCUUUAUUGAACAUGCUAAGUGCAAUGUGCAAGUGAUUUAAAACCAACUUCAGAACUCUAGAAAGUUAACAGAUGCAAAUGUGUAUAGUAGAAACUUGCUAGGAAGUAUAAAUUCAUUAGCUUGCUCUGUAUUUCACAGGAGAGCCAUGCCAUGGAACCGACUUCUAGAUAAGCCACCUUUUAAUAAGGUUCAUUUGGUACUCCAAUAGCUAAUUCCCCAUGACUGACCCACCUUAUACAGAAUUCUACUCUGAGGUUCAUAGUAAUGUUCUAAUUGAAUUCCUUUUGUGAUGAAAAAUUAAGAAGUUUAAAAAGAAAGAAGGGAGUGUUGGGGGAAGACACUCUAUAUACAUACACCCAAUAUGAUUCAACAUUUUACUUUAUAGAAGCUUAUUAAAUUGUUGUUUAGUUUUGCAGUGAAAUGUGGUUUAAUUUGUGCCUCUAUUAAACUUUCUGCUUCUCUUCUAUUAUUGAGUUAGUGAUGAAAGCAAUUACUGGCUCCUAGUGGCCAAAAUGGCCCUGGACACAUAAUAUGGAAGGCCUUGUGCUUCCAGUCAAUGUUGGGAGGCAGGACUGAGAGAACAUCUUGGCCUUGCUUUCCUAUCCCCCAAACCACAGUCACACAAAGUGAAUACUCAGUCCUGACUAAUUCAUCUUGAUCUGGGGAAGAUUGUGCCUCUUACUUCCAUUCUGAUAUUAAGUGAAAUAUUCAGUGGAACUUAAAAGAUGUUUUCCACUUCUCUUAAUCUGCUACCCUUUAGGCAAAACAAAGUUCCCCGCAGAAAGAAAGAGUUAAACAUUCCUCUGGGGGACAGGGCAAAAUCUUUGAAACAAGGCCAAAGCAAGUGACUUUUGUAUCUUGGCUUAUUUAACUAACUCCCUAUACAGUCUUUCUAAGAAAUUUCUGCAACCCGUUAGAGCAAAUUCUCUUUAUUCUAUACCUUCCUAACUUGAUUUUAUUUUCCAAUCCUGUAAUAAGGAGUCAUAUUUUCUCUUGGAAAUUUUUUUAAAUGUGUCAUUUAUGCCCUUUAUUUAAAUACUUGUUCUAAUCCCCUCACCUACCCAUCCAACUAAAGACUCUGUUGUAACAAAGAAAAACCAUUAAGCAAAAAAGUGACAACAUCUGGCAGUGGACACAACAAAAUCCUGUCCUCAUAGUUCCCUGCCCCACUGCCAUGAGUGGCAAAAUAGGUUUCAUUAUCUAUUCUCCUGGAUCAUUAUUGGUUUUUCAGUUACUCAACUUUCAGUUUCCUUUUAGUCAUCUUUUCAUUUGUAUUGUUGUAUCAUUCUGUAUUUUAUUCUUUAUAUUCUGUAUUAUAUGAACUGAUGCAGGGUAAAGUAAGCAGAAUUAAAAGGAUACUUCCUUUUAGUUCUGCUUACUUUACUGUACAUCAGUUCUUAAAAAUCUUCCCGUGUUUCUCAGAAUUUCUCAUAUUCAACAUGGUACAAUAAUAUUCCACCGUACAAUAAUAUUCCAUUGUACACAUAUCCCAUAGCUUGUUUAGCCAUUUUCCUAUUAAUGGACACCACUUCCAGUUUUCUACCACCACAAAAUGUACUACUAUGAAUAUUUUUGUAUAUAGUGGGCCUUUGUUUCUGUCUUUGACCUUCUUGGGGAUAUAACUCCAGGAAUGGCAUCACUGGGUCAAAAGGUAUGAACAGAUUGAUGACUUUUCUUGAAUAUUUUCAAAUUAUUGUCCAGAACAGUUCAACUAAUUCAUGGCUUCAUCAACAGAGUAUUAAUAUGACUGUUCUCCCAUAGCCAGUGCCAAAGUCUUUGACUUUCUUGGGGAUAUAACUCCAGGAAUGGCAUCACUGGGUCAAAAGGUAUGAACAGGUUGAUGACUUUUCUUGAUUAUUUCCAAAUUAUUGUCCAAGACAAUUCAACUAUUUUAUGGCUUCAUCAACAGAGUAUUAAGGUAAUUGUUCUCCCAUAGCUGGUGACUAUUUCCAGUUUUUAGGCACCUUUGCAAACUUGCCAGGUGUGAGAUAAAGCCUCAGAGUUAUUUUAAUUUGUAUUUCUCUUAUUAAUGAUUUGGAGCUUGCCUUCGUAUGGUCAUUAACAAUUUGUAGUUUUCCUCUGAAUACUGUUCAUAUCCUUUGACCGCUUAUUUAUUGGGGAAUGACUCAUGAUGUUAUAUAUCUACGUUAAAUCCCUGUAUGUUUGGAGUAUCAGAUCUUUUAUUAGUGACAUUUGAUGCAAAGUUCUUCCCCCCCUCACACACUUGACAGUUUCUCUUCCUAUUCUGGUUGCAUUGAUUUGUUUGUGGAAAACCUUUUUAGUUCUGUGUACUUGAGAUUGUCCAUUUUGUCUUUUAUGAUCACCUCUAGCCCAUGUCUGUUAUUCUUCCUCUAUAGCUGUGAAAGGUAUCUCCUUCCAUUUUUCUCUAAUUUUUUUUUUAUGAUGUGAUGUUUUAUAUUUAGUCUUGUAUCCAUCUGGAAUUUAUUGCACUGUGUGGUAUAAGAUUCUGGUGUACACCUAAGUUCUGCCAAACUGCUUUCCAAUUUUCUCUCUGGGAGAUUUUGGAACCUUUAAAACAAACACUAUUUUAAAAUACCAUCGCUUUCUUAUUAUUACCGAAACUAGUUAAAACUCGGCUUAUUGUAAUAGAGAAUGUUCUUAUUGUAUUAGAGAAUGUAUUAGCAUGUUAUUUAUGUAUCAGAUUGGCAACUGAUACAAGUAUACAAAAGCUUAUUUAAAUAGUGGAAAGAACACUGGACUUGGAGUCAGGGGACCUAAAGGCAGUUAGAACUAGUGCUGGACUUAGAGUAAGGAAGACCUGAGUUCAAAUCCUGUCUUGGACACAUACUGGCUGUGUGACUCUGGACAAGUAAACUUCUCUCAACCUCAAUUUCCUCAUCUGUAAAAUGGGGUUAGACUCCAUGGCUCUCUUCCAGCUCUAAGUUUAUGAUCCUAUGACUUGAGUUUGAAUCAUGGCUCUGCUACAAGUUGCUUGUAUGUCCUUGGGCAAGUCAGUUAACUUCAAAUUUUCCUCCUCCAUAAAAUGAAUGGAUUGUACUAGGUGAUCUCUAAGGUUCCUUCCAGCUUUAAAUUCCAUGAUACUAAGAGCAAAAAUUCCUAGCUAAUGUAAUCCAGAUUUUUAGAAAAUAUUAUAUGACAUGGGAACAUAUGUUAAAGAACUAAACCUAAGAAAGCUAUUGUUGAUGAUUAUAUAUAAAAGUUUCCUUAUAUUCUACAUUAUUGUUUAACCUAUAAAAUGUCAUCAGCUCUAAAAAUCUAAGGUAAAAGAGUUUGCAAGUAUUUGCUUUGAAAUAACUAACAGUUACUAUUAUAUUUUAGGUUGUUUAAAAGUCAAGUUUGUGUAUAAUAAUCAUAACUGUCAUGAUUUUGAAGCCAUUUGCCAACAUUCUGUUUGCAUGAUGAGACAGAAAAAAUGUGGAUAUUUUUCAUGUCAAAGCAAGAUCAAGAAAAUUUCCUUAGAGAAAUAGAUAACUUUUGCAGUACUGUGUAGCAUGAGUACUUGGUUCAAAGUAAACCCUCUGUAUCUUCUAUGUAUUAAUGUAGCUUUUUGCUGUAUGAAUUUGGAGGUUUAAAACAAAAUUCACUAAACCUCCUUCAAACUUCUGCUUUUUAAGAUGUUAAAACCUAAGCUACAUUCAUUCAUUCAUAUUUGGAUAGCUAUCAUUUUACUAGAUCAGUAAGUUUGUAGGGAAAGGAAGGCUGUUGAUUUCAUGUCCCCAUGGAGAUAAGUGUUUAGUUAAGAAAACGCAGCAUCCCAAAUUUCCCUAAAGGGCACAUACACAGAAGGUGUCCAGGAGAGGUAUGUGACCCACAUCUGAGUAAUAUUUUCUUCAAAAUUGUCAAAUUAAUUUAUUUUCAUUUGGACUAUAUUAAUGCAGAGUUAGUAAUUUAAAUGGUAUAUUUCCUUUACUUUUGAAAAUGAUGCAACUUGAUAGAAUUAUUUCAGGCUGUGGCAGUUUAGACCAGAAAAGUUUUCAGAGUCCUCAGACUCUGAAGCAGUACAAAAAAACAUCACUUUUUUCCCUUCUUGCUGGCUUCAAUCUGAGAUUCAUAGUCAACCUGAAAAUUAUACAAGAGAACAUUAUCAGGGCUAGGAAAAACAACAAUUUAACUUUGGAAUAGGGUCUAAAAACGUGAAGAGUGGCAAAUAGUGGAGAGAAUAAGAUAAUUAAUAGCCACUGUGAUGUAAGUUACAGAAUAUAUACGAUGAGAAACAGAUUUAGGAUCAUAAGGUUGCAGCUCUGGAAGAGACCUUAGAAGGCCUCCUCUGUCAUUUUACAGAUGAAAAAACAGACCCUGAGAGAGAAAAUGGCUUGCCUUUAUUUUGGACAGCCUCAUUUCUAGGAGACAUUUCAAAAGAGAAGGAUUUUACCUAGAGAAGGCCAAGAGGAUAAAGGUACCCAGACUAUCUAGAAUGAGAAUACAGAACUUGGAGUCUAAAGCAUGCCGUUGCUGUCCUUGUUCUUCCACUUACUCCCUAUGUGACCUUGUGCCCCUAGGCCUCAGUGUUCUCAUCUGUAAGUUUAGUGGGUUUGACUAGAUGGUCUCUAAGAUUCCUUCUGGCUCUUACAAGCAUUAGCACGUGACCUUAUCUUAACUCAAAGGAGGAUGGAUUAAAAGAGAAGAGCCCAGGAGUCAGGAAGCGAGUAAUGGGAUUGUGUGUUGGCGAUGUGCCAAGGUGACGGCACACCCUAACCCAUCAUGACAUUUGCCUUCUUCCAACUGACCACUCUUGUGUUGAUAGACCUACCUCUAGUGAUCAUUAUUUAGUAACAUGUCUUUGUUUAAUGGAUUUUGAAUAAAGUGAUUUUAAUUUAUCAAUAUCAAA